CAUGGCGUAGAGAAGAGGCAACGCAGCGGGCUGGCAUUGUAGCGGAAAAGUUGAUAAAGUACAGGGAUUUCGUUAUUUCAGUAGGAGGAUAUAUAAACAGUUGGAAGUUGUAACUAGGAUUCAAGCAAAGUUUCGGGUGCCCACUGAGUGUUGAAGAUGAUGUCUGAUGCCAGUGACAUGUUGGCAGCAGCCUUGGAGCAGAUGGAUGGGAUAAUAGCAGGCUCCAAGGCUAUGGACUACUCCAACGGGCUGUUUGACUGCCAGUCGCCCACCUCUCCCUUCAUGGGCAGCCUGCGGGCGCUGAACCUGCUGGAGGACCUCCGGGGCGUGCUGGAGCUGAUGGACACAGAGGAGAGGGAGGGCCUGCGCUGCCAGAUCCCUGACGCCACCGCAGACAGCCUGGUGGACUGGCUGCAGCAGGGACACCUGAUGUCCAAUGGUCACCACAUCUCCAUGGGUGGGGACCUCUACCAGGAGAGACUGUCUCGGCUGGAGGGUGACAAGGAAUCCCUGGUGCUUCAGGUGAGUGUGUUGACAGACCAGGUGGAGGCGCAGGGGGAGAAGAUAAGGGACUUGGACAUGUGUUUGGAUGAGCACCGGGAGAAACUGAACGCCACUGAGGAGAUGCUGCAACAGGAACUCCUGUGCAGAACGGCUCUAGAGACUCAGAAACAGGACCUGCUGGCUGAGGUGUCCAACCUGAAGCUGAACUCAUUUGAGAAGGACAGACUGCACUUUGACUUCAGCGACAAUGAGGACAUGGUUCUGGAGAUGAAUGAACUGAGGUACAGAGUGACCGAGAUGGAGAGUGAAAGACUACAGUAUGAGAAGAAACUGAAAUCCACUAAGGAGGAGCUGGCAAUGCUGAGGAGGCAUCUGGAGGGAAGGGACGGAGAGCUGAGGAGGUUACACGACGAGACUGGGUUCAGAGGCAUCACACCGGUUGGAAUGGACAGUGGAGACAGAGAUGUGGAAGUGCAGAGAAUGAAAAAAGCAGUGGAAUCACUGAUGGCAGCCAAUGAGGAGAAGGAUCGUAAAAUUGAGGAGUUGAGGCAGUCGCUGCUGCGCUACAAAAAGGUCCAGGACAGGAGUUCAAUGCAAGGGAAGAAAGAGAAAACCCAAGACGGCGAGAGUGAAGAGAGUAACAGCGACAGCUCCCUCUCCGUGAUGUCAACGACAACCCCCCUGGUUGCCAUGGAGUUGGAAAGGCACGCUCUAGCCGGAGACGAGGAAGUAGCAGGGAAAAGCCCAGACGAGCUGGAGAUGCACUAUGGAGCUACUGAAGUGUCUUCGCCCACACUCAGCCCUUCAGUCCAGUCAGCAUGCGAUCCAAAAAGUGGUCCAGAGCUGGACCAACCUGAACCAGAGAGCGAGGCAGGGGGCCAGGAAGAGUCACAGGAGGCCCCCCUUUCAUGUGAUACUCCACAGACCCUGGAUAGCCCCAAUUCAGGGAGUCAGGACAACUUGUAUGUCAGCAACAGCGAAAAGCUCUUUUCUGCUACUGUUCAGAAUAAGGCUGUGGAGGAGAUCAGUAAGAUCAGCGAGAGCCUGCCCAAGUCUCCCUCUUCGUCUCACCCCGUGACCACGGAGGAUGACCGCUUCGGUAACAAGAAGGCUCGCUCCUCCUUCGGCCGGGGCUUCUUCAAGAUCAAGGGAGGCAAGAGGACAGCCAGCACCCCUAACCUGGCUGAGACUGAGCGAGAGGAGGGCACUGACCAUCUGGACCUGGCCGGUCUACCCCAGAGGUCAGCCAACAGCGACAGCACCAACACACUGACCAGUGUGACCUCCACUACAUCCCCCGAGUGCAAGAAGAAGUCCAAGGGAAUCAAGGGGCUCUUUGGAAAGCUGAGGAGAAGUCAGUCCACCACGUUCAACCUGGAUGACAACCUAUCAGAGGCGGUCGAGUUCAAGAGAGGCGGAGUCCGAGCCACAGCAGGUCCCAGACUGGGCUGGUCCCGUGACCUACAGCGAUUACCCAAGAAUGACCUGGACACCCCGUUUGCCCGCUGGUCCAAGGAGCAGGUGUGUGACUGGCUGCAGGAGCAGGGGCUGGGGCUCUACCUGAACAUGGCCCGCGUGUGGAUCUCUUCUGGACAGACUCUGCUGCAGGGCUCACAGCAGGACCUAGAGAGGGAGCUGGGCAUUAAACACCCGCUGCACAGGAAGAAGCUCCAGCUGGCCCUGCAGGCCCUGGGCUCUGAGGAGGAUGACAACAAGGGCAAACUGGACUACAACUGGGUGACCAGGUGGCUGGAUGACAUUGGCCUGCCUCAGUAUAAGACUCAGUUUGAUGAGGGGAGGGUGGACGGCCGCAUGCUACACUACAUGACAGUAGAUGACCUGCUAUCUCUGAAGGUGGGCAGUGUGCUCCACCACCUCAGCAUCAAGAGAGCCAUUCAGGUGCUGCGCCUCAACAACUACGAGCCCAACUGCCUGCGCCGACGGCCCUCCGACGAGAACAACAUCACGCCGGCAGAGAUCUCCCAGUGGACCAAUCACAGAGUGAUGGAGUGGCUGAGAUCAGUGGACCUGGCGGAGUACGCCCCCAACCUGAGGGGCAGCGGCGUUCACGGGGGACUCAUGGUGCUGGAGCCACGGUUCAACGUGGAGACUAUGGCCCUGCUGCUGAACAUUCCCCCCAACAAGACCCUGCUGCGGAGGCACCUGGCCACCCACUUCAACCUGCUAGUAGGCUCUGAGGCCCAGGGGCUCAAACAGGAUUGUCUGGAGAAUCCCGACUACACCCUGCUCACCGCCACCGCCAAGGUCAAGCCGAGGAAGAUGUCGUUCGGGAGCUUCGGCAGCCUGAGGAAGAAGAGGCAGGAUGACAGUGAGGAGUAUGUCUGCCCCAUGGACGUGGAGAUGCCAAAGGGACGUAGCUUCCAGAAAGGCUAUGAGCUUCAGCUCUACGAGGACGACAUUGACCGGCUAGAGCAGAUGGAGGACUCAGAGGGAACUGUGAGGCAGAUCGGAGCGUUCUCCGAGGGCAUCCAAAACUUGACGAGCAUGCUGAAAGACGAUGAAUUUUUCAAAGAGCUCUCCAACUCACCCAACCCCAGCAUAACAGAUGACGAUUCCAACAUGUGACGCUGACCGUCGCCAUGUGACCCUGUUCCCUAGUGCCGUUGUGAACGAAACAUUCUCCACUAGCAGACCAGGAUUCAAAUACUAUUUGAAAUCAUUUCAAAUACUUCAGCUGUGCUUGUUUGAGCUUGCCUGUUGGAAUACAAUGGGAAUAGAAAAGUCUGCCCAUCUAUCACUCCAGGCAGGCUAAAGCAAACGCUCAACGGAUUUCAACCCGGGUCCUCCACUAGCACACACUCCAGACUCCACCGUAACCCCUAUAACCCUCGCAGAGCAAGCACCAGAACUCCUUUUAGUAUUUUAGAUGAGGUAUAAAAAAUCUAUAUUUUAAAGAAAUUCAAGACCAUGUCUGAUGUCAUGUGAACUGUUUUUGUAAGGUGCCAAUCCAUUUUAACAGACCUAUUGGGAGAGGAUUUAUUUCAGAGCAAUACGCCAGCUGGAUACUGGAGACAUUUGUAAUCCUUGUUUGUAUACUGGCCAUCUUUCUGUGGAAUUAAGUAUUAAAGUGAGCCAUAUCAAUAUCUCAUACUUUUUUUACAGUAAGAUGUACUGUAGGACUAUUGCAAAAUCUAAUAUAUAAUUUUAAAGAAUAUGCUUGGCUUUUGAACGAACUUACUGACAGUUGAAAAAUAACGGUAUAUGCUGUGCAGAUUUGCCCAAGUUAAGUGGUAUGCCCCAAAACAGUUGAUAUGGUUUAUGCAGAAAACCAGGCUAUUAGCUGCAUCAUUUCUAUACUUUCAACAUAUCGCGCCAUAUCCUAGACACUCCCAGUAAUGGUGUUUCUUUGCAUGCAUUGGCACCGAUACCGUACUGUAUGUAUUUUAGUACAAUACACAGUUCAAUGCAAAUUAUUCCUGUUAAGUGUCAUCAAUGCAUGUUAUUGAAGCCUUUCUUGUAGCCAAAAUGUUGUACACCUGCCAACAGAAGACAGACUUUGUUUUAUCAUUGUACUGAGAACUAUUCUUAAAAAUUGCCAAAUAGCAUAGUUAUUUUCAGAGUAUUGUAGCUAGCCUGGGUGCCUGUCUGUUUCUGCUCUCUUGCCAACUCCUUAUGGAAUUGUCAUGCCAAACAUAUUGUUUGGAGUGACAAGGAGUUGACAAGAGAGUAGAAAGUGACUGGCACCCAGGCUACGUUGUAGCGUGUUGAGAGCUGAAGCAAUGCAAGAAUGUCUCAAAAGCAAAGAUUCUAUUAUGGAACGUCCUAACCACAUGAGAAGGAAGUGUAUACUGUGUACUGGUUGAGGUUUUACCCAAUUCUAAGGUUAAUAAAGUAAUUUAAACUAAGUGAUGUCUUUCAAUGCUCAAGUAGGAGGCUUGGAAAUGUAGAACAUAAAGUGUAUAGGUAAUUUUUACUCUGCAGUGCAGAUUCAAUACCAUUUAAAAGCAUCCAUGUUCGUACAGACCCUUAUUUUUGUCAACACGUACAGACCCUUAUUUUUGUUAGUAGUUGCCCAAAUUGAACAACUGUGUACACUGUAGCCUACCCAUUGUGUGCACUUUAAAUUAAAGGUUUGACAAGCCAUUAUUUGCAGCAUGAUGAACAUGAACACAUUUACACGCAUUAAAAGUAAAAUACAUUAGGGGCAGGAGCAUUGCUCCUCCAGUUCUGUUCAGGCAGAAGUAAAGUAUGCUGCUCAUGUGAAACCAUAACUGAACCACCUCAUUCACAGCUGGCUGCUAUUGAUGUAGUCUGAACAAUGUGUUUUGCAUGGAAAUCCUCUUGAUAUUCCAGCAUGAUAUAUUGGUGCUGAGCUGAACCUUGGAUACUACUGUGACUCCAUAAUGAAGGAAUGACUAGAGGUUUCAUUGAAGGAAAAUAACACAACUCAUCUAAGAGUCUUGUAAAUGGUUUUAGUAUUUUUGAUUGUCUUUAAAAUUUUGGCUCUAAUGGGGGAAACACUUUUUCAUUAGCUCUACAGUCGUGGCCAA